GCUUGUUCCAAGUGCCAACCGAAACCACCCCCAACCCCACACCCUUCUUCUUUAACAUAUCAAUAAUAAGUCCCUCUAUUAAUUUCUUCCCAGCCACAGCAUCAAUGUUUUUCAUUGGCACACAAAAUCUUUAGCAAACCCAACCCCUUUUCUUCCUCCCACUAUGGCUUCUACUCUUUCCCAAGUCUUUAGGGACAACCCUCUCCCCCUCAACCAUAUCAUCCCCCUGGACUUCACCUCCGUUCAUUCUCUACCUGAAUCUCACGUGUGGCCUGCUUUUGAUGGUUUCCCAUUUGGGACCACUUACCCUGGCGAAAAGUUCUCCAUACCCAUCAUCGACCUUAUGGACCCCAAUGCUGCUCAGCUUGUUGGCCAUGCAUGUGAGAAAUGGGGAGCCUUUCAACUUACUAGCCAUGGCCUCCCAUCUAUGCUUACCGAUGAUGUUGAGUCUCAGACUCGACGCCUCUUCGCUCUCCCUGCUCAUGAGAAGAUGAAGGCCUUACGCCUCCCCAGUGGAGGCACCGGCUACGGCCAAGCUCGGAUAUCACCGUUCUAUCCCAAGUUCAUGUGGCAUGAAGGCUUCACCAUCAUGGGGUCUGCAGUUGAUCAUGCUAGAAAGCUUUGGCCUGAUGACUACAAAGGGUUUUGCGAUGUCAUGGAAGAUUAUCAGAAGAAGAUGAAGGAAGUUGCAGAGAGUCUCUUACAUAUAUUUCUAGAAUCAUUGGACAUCUCCAAAGAAGAGUACCGGUCGACUACAAUUCAGCGUGGCCGCAAGGCCUGCAAUACUGCACUGCAGCUGAAUUCAUAUCCUCCAUGCCCGGACCCUAACCGAGCCAUGGGGCUAGCCCCACAUACAGACUCAUUGCUAUUCACCAUCGUCCACCAAAGCCACACAAGCGGCCUCCAAAUCUUGAGAGAUGGAGUUGGGUGGAUAACAGUGUUUCCUCUUGAAGGUGCACUUGUAGUCAAUGUUGGAGAUCUCCUCCAUAUACUCUCUAAUGGUCGGUACCCCAGUGUUCUUCACCGCGCAGUGGUGAACCAGGCGGAGCAUCGGAUAUCCCUCGCAUACUUCUAUGGCCCUCCAGCUGAUUCCCUGAUUUCACCUCUCUGUAAUCUUGUGAGUUCCGGCCAGCAAGUAGUGGCUCCUCGUUAUAGAUCAGUGUCUGUUAAGGAGUACGUUGAUUUAAAGGAAAAGCACAAGGAGAAGGCACUCUCUUUGUUAAGAUUAUGAGUAGAGGAAGAAGAAGAAGAAGAAGAUGAUGAUGAUGUAAAAGGAGGGGGUGGAGGUGGAGAUUUGAAAAAAAAAAAAGAAAUCAAUAAAAUCACAUGAAAUUAAUAUUUUUCUUUUCUUCCUUGGAGAUGCUACUGUGGGACUCGAGUUAAAGAAAAGAAAAGAGGGGGGAAAUGGAGGAUGGAUAUCUAGCUCAGAACCUGAUCAAAACAGUGAUUUAGAUUUAGAGAACAGCAGUCAUGGACGAAACAUAUGAAAGAUGGGGGUCCCCAGGGAUUCUCCAAUCAUCCAUCUUUCUUUCUGAAAAAUUGUCAGCUUAUUUCACAUGGAAGGAAUCCAUGGUUGCGUACUUGCCUGCAAUUACCUUACAAUAAGUCCAAACGCAGCCCCUCCUCACAUCACCGCCAAUGCAUUUGGUCCUACAUUUCAGUCUUCGACAUCUCCCUCAGAAUAAAGGACCAUGAUAUUUUCACUAAAGGAAAAAGUUCCCCCCCAAAAAAACAAAGAUAUUUCUUACUUCUACUUCCUCUGCUGAAUCAUGUUGUUGAUUCUCACAGAUUUGAUGCAGAACAUGUGAUAAAUGGAGGUGUUUUCUUCCUUCCCUUUUUGGAUGUUUGUUAUCCAAAAACCCAUCUUUUUUUAAUCAUAUUUUCUGAUAAUUAUAGGGAUGAAACUUUGUCCAUGUGCCGUGACCAAGAUUCUUUCCUCCCAAACACCCAAACCCACCAAAUCCUGUCUUUGUAAAAGAGCUACAUUACAUGUGCAUCGUCCUUCAUCAACCACGUUACCCCCCAUUGAUAA